ACACAGACAGACACACUCACACACAGACACAUGGGCUGGACACACACAAAGCCCCCUCUCCUCUCCCAUCACCUACUGUAAUUACAGCGCAGGCAGACUGACUGGACCCUGGCACUCGCUCUGUUAUUGUUUUUGACAACUUCCUCUGCUGACAGACUGGGGACUAACUGACUGGGGCUGUAUGACUCCGACCACCAGCUGGGGCCCAUGUUGUCAUAGCGUUAGCUGGAAACCAAAUUGGGGACUCCAUUGGAAGGUUGUAGGUAAGUUGACUGUUUUGCUGGGCUAGAGUUGCAUGGAUCUGGCUGCAUCUGGUUCCAUUUGGUGUUCUUUUUGGCAGACAUGUCCACUCAGCUCAGCCACCGCAGCCAGGCCUGGCUGUCACACUCAGACAGAGAGAGUGGGAGGACAGAUUGAUAGGAGCUAAGACAGAGAGGGAGAGAAUAGAGAUAGAUAUAGAGAGAGCGAGAGAGAGGGGAGAUGAGAGGAAACCUGGAAGUUGACGUUAGUUGUGAAGCUGCGUAGGAGCUUAAGAAACUGCAUGUGAGAGAGAACUGUGUGUUCCAACAUUCUUUCUUUGAGUCUCUAAAAGCCUUAAACAAAGCAUAAUCAGUGCAGCUGUAAUUGUUGUCUUGUCUCUCUGACAGAGAUGGGGGGUGCUGCCAUGCUCACAGUGCUGCUAGCUGGGAUGUGCCUGUGGAGCUCCACCACUCAUACAGAUCAGUCAUCUGUGGGGUCAUCAUCAGAGGUGCAUACUUACACAGCACACACACUGAAUGGUUCCCGCUCCCCAAGGCCCUGACGACAGCACCAACCUUCUGUGUACAUGUGAGAACAACAAGGGGACGUGUAGGAACGGCACCUGUAGGGGUGACUACUGCUUCUACACCAAGGUGCACGGCAGAGAGGAGAGGGGCUGCUUCCAGAGGGACCACUACAAGGAGCAGUGUUACACCAACUUCCUGGGACUGUACGUCCUCUGCUGCUCCAAUAACCUCUGUAAUGUCAACAGCUCCGCUCCACCAGACCCAGCUGUUGAGCCUACGAGGGAGUGGAACGGUGUGAUUCUGCUGGUGGCUGUCCCCCUGCUGCCGCUGCUCAUCCUGUCUGUGGGUGUGUGUGGCCUGGUGUUGUGGCUCCGCUCCAGAUCACAGCACCACAGGCUUGGCUACAGCAAGGACCAUGACGUCACCAUGCUCAAGGUCCCCAGUGGGGCAGAUCCCACCUAUGGGGAUGUCUUUGAUGAGUUCUGUACCUCAGGCAGUGGGACUGGACUGCCAUACCUGGUACAGAGGACCAUGGCUCGACAGAUCUCUCUGGUCGAGUGCAUCGGUAAGGGCAGGUAUGGAGAGGUGUGGAGAGGCACCUGGAUGGGAGAGAGUGUUGCAGUGAAGAUCUUCUCUUCCAGGGAUGAGCAGUCUUGGUUCAGGGAGACAGAGAUUUACAACACUGUACAGCUCAGACAUGACAACAUCCUGGGCUUCAUAGCAUCUGACAUGACGUCUCAGAACUCCACUACUCAGCUGUGGCUGAUCACCCACUUCCACCAGCUGGGUAGUCUCUACGACUUCCUCCAGUACAGCAGCGUGGACCCAGAGGGCUGCCUAAGGAUGUGCCUGUCUGUAGCCUGUGGUCUGGUCCACCUUCACACAGAGAUACUCAGCUGCCAGGGCAAACCCGCCAUCGCCCACCGAGACCUGAAGAGCCGAAACAUCCUGGUCAAGAUGAACGGACAGUGCUGCAUCGCUGACCUGGGUCUGGCUGUGAUGCAUUCCCAGACCAGUGACUAUCUGGAUGUGGGGAACAACCCCAGAGUGGGAACCAAACGUUACAUGGCCCCGGAGGUCCUGGACGAGAGCAUCCGCAUGGACAUCUUUGAGUCGUACAAGCAGACAGACAUCUGGGCCCUGGGCCUAGUCCUCUGGGAGAUUUCCAGAAGAACCAUAGUAAAUGGUAACACACACGCAUGCACACACACACACACACACACACACACACGCAACUAUGAGGUCAACAAAAAUGCUCUGUCAUCUUUAAUUGGAACAUGAACUGUGGUCCAGUUG